AUGGCGGAUGAUGAAAGACCAUCAGGCCAACUAGCAUCUUUGAUGGUACCUGAUUCUGAUGAAGACUCCGCAAUCUCUGUGAAUGAUACCCAAUUGUCCGUUAUCUCAUUGACCGAAAGCGAUCGGGACUUCGUAGUUGAAAAUGGACGAACAUAUCAUUCCCUCAGCGAGGGGAAGUAUAUCUUGCCCAAUGACGAGGAAGAGAGCGACCGACUACAUAUGCAGCAUCACCACUUCUUCAUCACCUUUGGUGGCAAGAUACACUUUGCUCCAGGAGCGGACCGUGCCCACCGUGUCUUGGACGUGGGAACUGGUACUGGUAUAUGGGCAAUCGGCUAUGGCAAGUUGCAUUCCGAUGCUCACCCAGCUGCAGAGGUGAUCGGUGUCGACCUGAGUCCUAUCCAACCACUCUACGUUCCUACGAAUUGCAGGUUUGAGCUAGACGACCUCGAAAAGGAGUGGACAUGGUCGCAACCUUUCGAUUACAUCUUCAGUCGAAUGAUGGUUGGCAGCUUCGCAAAUUUCUCUCAUCUUGCCGAAGAGUCAUACCAAUAUCUUAACCCGGGUGGUUGUAUUGAACUAAUCGACUGUAUCUUUCCCAUGGCCUCCGAUGACGGCACCCUCUGUGAAGGCCAAGCAUUGAAAGAAUCCAGCGACCCCAUAUUACAAGCCAGCAUAAACCCCGGGCGACCCCUGAAUGCCGCACCGAGCCAUCGCGAAACGCCCAUCAAAGCGGGCUACAUCGGUGUCACUGUCCUCAAUUACAAGUGGCCAACGAACCGCUGGCCCAAAGACCCCAAGAAGAAGACUGUGGGCUUGUGGACGCUAGCGAAUAUUGGGAGUAGCAUUGAAGGACUUUGUAUGGCAUUGAUGACCCGUGGUUUAGACUGGAGUAAGGAACGUGUUCUGGCAUUUCUUGUGGAUGUGAGGAAGGAUUUGCACAAUACGAAGAUUCAUGCAUAUUGGCCUAUAGUGGUCGUGUACGGACAGAAACCGAAAUCGACUUCAACAACCGCUACGGCGGAUUCUUGA